AUGCAUUUAGAAAUGGAAUACGACGAUCUUUAAAAUGAGCCAAAAAUUAAAGUUUGUAUAAGAAAAAGACCUUUAGGUAAAAAAGAAUUGGCUAAAAGCGAUAUAGAUAUAAUAGAAGUAAGGACACCUUAAUCAGUAAUUGUCAAAGAAAUGAAAUAAAAAGUAGAUUUAACUAAAUAUGUAGAAGAGCAUUUCUUUAAUUUUGAUCAUGCAUUUGGCGAAAAUUGUUCAAAUGAAUUUGUUUAUAAUACUUGCGUUCGUCCAAUUGUUUAAGCAGCAUUUUAAAAAGCAAGGGUUACUUGUUUUGCUUAUGGUUAAACAGGAAGUGGUAAAACACAUACAAUGCUUGGAAGUGCAGAAAAAAGGGUUCCUGGUAUGUAUGUAUUAGCAAGUCAUGAUAUAUUUUAAGCUUUAUAAAAGCAAGAAUUUUCUCAUUUAUAAAUAUAUGUAUCAUUCUAUGAAAUAUAUUGCGGAAAAUUAUUUGAUUUAUUAAAUGAAAGGUCACUUUUAUGUAUAAGAGAAGACGGUAAAUAAAAUAUAAACAUAGUCGGAGUUGUAGAAUAAAGAAUUUACAAUGUAGAUUAAUUAUUAAAAAUAAUUGAAUUUGGAAUGUCAUCCAGAGUUACAUCUUAAAAUAGUGCAAACUCUGAUAGUUCUAGAUCUCAUGCUAUUUUAUAAAUUCAAUUAAAAGAAUAAGCCAAUAUAUAUGGUAAAAUAUCAUUUAUUGAUCUUGCAGGUAGUGAAAGAGGAGCUGAUGUGAUAGAUUAAAAUAAAUAAACGAGAAAAGAUGGUGCUGAAAUUAACAAGUCUCUUCUUGCUUUAAAAGAAUGUAUAAGAGCACUUGACUAAGGAAAAAAUUAUACUCCUUUUAGAGGAAGCAAAUUAACAUUAGUUUUGAAAGAUUCUUUUGUAGGUAAUUGUAGAACUGUUAUGAUAGGAAAUAUAUCUCCAAGUUAAUCUAGUAGUGAACAUACAUUAAAUACAUUAAGAUAUGCAGAUAGAGUAAAGGAAUUAAAAAAAGGGGGAACAAGUGAAUUAAAUGAAUAAGUAAAUAGUUUAGAUUAAUUAGCUUAAUAAUUGAUGUUGCCAAGAUAAAAUAGUAAAAAAAAUAAAAAAUAAAAAAUAAAAAAAUAAAAAUAAAAAGAAAAUGUUGUCAGAACACCAAUUGUAGAAGUAAAUGAAAAUAAUUUACCAGGCACUAAUUUUAAAUUGGAUUAAUUAAUGAAAUAAAAUAGCAGUAAAAAUAACAAUUAUAUGAAUGAAAACAUUCAAUAUAAUUAACAAUUUACUAAUAAUUAACCAUCAUAUAAUGCUUAACCAUAAUAUGGAAACAAUAAUAUUUUUAUUUAAAAUGAUAAUUAUGAUAAUGAUUAGAAUAUUUAUAGUAAAAUUCCAAAACAAUAACCUUAUUAAUAAUUAUAAUAAUAACAAUAAAAAGAACAAUAAUAAUAAGCAUUUUAAUAGUAAUAAAUAUAAUAAUAAUAUUAAUAAAUUUAAUAGUAAUAAUAAUAAUUAUAAUAGUAAUAAUUAACAAUUUAAUAAUAAUAAUUAUAUUAAGUUCCUUAAAAAAAUAUACCUUAUUAAUAAAAAUAACCUACUUAAUAGCAAUAAUAGUAAGUAUUUACAAAUAUUAAUAAUGGAAAUAUAGCAAAUGUAUAAAAUAACUAUUAAUAAAAGCUAAGUAAUGGAAGCAAAAACGGAAAUAAUAAUAAUAUUCUUUAGUAGCAAUAGUAAUAGUAAUACAAUAAUAAUAAUUAAAACAGCAAUAUAAAUUUAGACGAAGAUCCGAUAAAUUUAAACAUCGAACAAAUAGAAAAUUGGACAGCCAAAAAUGAAGAAGAUCUUCAAAUAAUAUCAUAAAAACACGAAUAACUAAUAGGCCUUAUACUUGCUGAGGAAGAGGAAGUAAUUUCAUAUCAUAGAUCUCAUAUUGAUGAUAUGGUUGAAUUAACAAAAUAAGAAAUGGUUCUUUUACAUGAAGUUGAUAAACCUGCAAGCGAUGUCGAUUUAUACGUUUAAAAUUUAGAUAAUAUUUUGAUGCAUAAAAGUGAUAUAAUAUAAUAAUUAAGAUAAAGAUUAUAGAAAUUUAGAAUGCAUUUAAAAAAAGAAGAAAUCCUUUCAAAGAAAUUCUAUGAAUAAAGAGCUUAAAUUAUGGAUGUUUUCGAUCUUAAUUCACAUACUAUAAAUAAUAAUAAUGAUGAAAUGUAAUUGCUAGAUGAUUUGCCAGAUUUUUGA